AUGUGUAGUUGGAUGCAUCGAAAAUAAACAAGAAAGGGAAAAAAAGUAUAAAAUGGAGAAGCAUGCGACUGGCAUCCGAUCUAUGCCGGAAAAUCACAACCGUUGAAGGUGCAAAAUCAAAGACAACCUGACAAGUCUUUCUCUCUCUAUGAUUCGAAGUCUUCGUUCUAUUCGUUAUUCCCACUGUUCAAAAUCUGGGAAACAGCCAACAAAUUCAGACGAGAUGAAGUGAAAUGAAAAAAUCAGCUCAGAUUUCAGAUGGGUUGUCUCCUUUCUCUCUCAAAUCCGUUGCGACAGUUCUUUUUUCCGCUGGUGUUCUUUGUUUUUUUCUCACCUGUUAAUGGCAAGGAUAAUCUGACUCCACCUUCCUUUACGCCCAUCAAUGGCGAUCUUUACCAUUCCAGUGGGCUUUUGAUGGAAGAGAUAAGCAACUUGGUCCAUCGGCACCCAGAUAAAUUCACUAUGGAAACAAUUGAAACUGGAAAUCAAGGCUACAAAGCGGAGGUCACAGUAGUUACUUAUUGCCGAAAUAGGAAAGAGAUUGAUGACAGGUCAAAGUUUCGGAUCCUUCUUAGUUUUGGGCAGCAUGGGAGGGAGCUUAUUACAUCUGAACUUGCAUUGCGGGUCCUAUCAGUAUUGAGCGAAGAACAGUUUCUACCCAACAUGGAUCCGAUUUCUUUAAACAGCACACUCGAUAAGCUUGUCAUAAAGGUGGUGCCAAUGGAAAAUUUGAAUGGACGCAAACUUGUUGAAGCAGGAGAACUCUGUGAGAGGAGAAAUGGGAGAGGUGUUGAUCUCAAUCGGAAUUGGAGUGUAGACUGGGGCAAAAAGGAGAAGGAUUAUGAUCCAUAUGAAGAAAAUCCUGGAACUGCUCCUUUUAGUGAGCCUGAGACUCAAAUAAUGCGGAAACUCUCCAUAUCAUUUGAUCCACAUAUAUGGGUUAAUGUGCACUCUGGAAUGGAGGCUUUAUUCAUGCCAUAUGACCACAGAAACACAACCCCUGAUGGAUUGCCUUCACAACAGAUGAGGCGGUUGCUUGAAGAACUGAACCAUCUUCACUGCCAAGACCAUUGCAUGAUUGGAUCAGGAGGAGGCUCUGUCGGAUAUCUGGCUCAUGGGACAGCGACAGAUUACAUGUAUGAUGUUGUAAGGGUGCCCAUGGCUUUCACCUUCGAGAUUUAUGGAGAUGGAACAGCGUCUUCAAAGGACUGCUUCAAAAUGUUUAACCCCAUUGACCUCACCACCUUCAAUAGAGUUCUCAAUGACUGGUCUGCUGCAUUCUUUACUAUCUUCAAGAUGGGGCCGCAGCAGCUGCAGAAAAAGCAUUCAAAACCUUCAACGACCAAUUCUGAGAAGUGGGUGUCCAUAGAUGAGUACCUUGACGGGUAUUUAAUGGAAAGGAGAAACAGAUAUGGGAAGAAGGUGGAGGUUCUGGAGUUUGGAAUGCAGGAGAUAAGAACAUAUUUCAGGCUGUUCAUGUUAUCAUCAAUUCUGUUGCUGUUCAUGUUCUGUUCCAGAAUUUCAAAGAGCAAGUGCAGUAGGCCAAUUGUUGCUGUCAUGCCCAUCUGAUCUCCGUUUGAAGACACAGAUAGACCCAAGGAGGAAAAGAAAAAAGGGAAAAAAAAAAAAAAAAAAAAAAACCUUGGGAUAGUAUAAUUUAUUAACCCAUGAGAUUAUUUGUGCGUCCCUCUGGCAUACCCUUGUUUUGUAACACCAGAGCUGUGAGAGACAUGUACCUUAGAUUAUUUAUUUAUUUAAGUGCACGCUAUAGAGAUAACUUUUUCCCCUUUUUUUUUUUUGGCCUAUAAUGAAAUUAUUCCCUUUUCAGUUCU